AUACACAUAUAGAGAGAGAGAGAGAGAGAGAGAGAGAGAGAUAUGGAGAAUUGGGUGGCCUUUGUGGGAAUGGUUAUGGCGAUUUUGGCUCAAGCAAGCAACAUGGUAGUGACAAAAGUGGCCAUGUCAGAUGGAACAAACAAGUAUAUCUUGGCUCUUUACUCUAAUGCCAUCUCUGCCUUUAUUCUUCUCCCUUUUGCCUAUCUUUUUCACAGAUCUUCACACCUCCCUCCCUUGACCUCUUCCAUAGUCUGCAGAUUCUUCUUUCUUGCCUUAUUUGGGUGUUCAGGGCAGAUUUUUGGUUAUGUGGGUAUAGACUAUAGUUCUCCCACACUUGGAACAGCCAUGCUUAAUCUCAUCCCAGCUUUCACUUUCAUACUUGCAAUCAUCUUCAGGAUGGAAACUAUAGAUUGGAGAAGCUCAAGUAGCCAAGCCAAAUGCUUGGGGACAUUAGUAUCCAUAGCAGGAGCGUUUACCGUGACACUAUACAAAGGCCCACCAAUUAUACAAAAACUUUCUCUACUUCCCAAUUUACCCAUUCAACUUCUAUUCUCAUCACAAUCAGAAUGGGCCCUUGGAGGUCUUUUCCUUGCAGCAGACUGUUUUCUCUCUUCUCUAUGGUACAUUUUGCAGGCAUCAACUCAGAGAAAGUACCCAGCUGUGCUAUUGGCAGUCUUAUAUCAAAUCUCAUUUUCAGCUCUUAUGGCUGCAGUUUUUUCUCUCAUUGUGGUCAAAGAUACAAGUGCUUGGAAGCUAAAACUUGACAUGGGUUUGGUUGCAAUUUUGUACACUGCAAUUGUGUCAAUUGUGAUCCGUUACACCCUAAUUACAUGGUGCGUGUGGAAAGCUGGGCCACUAUAUUGCUCUAUGUUCAAGCCUCUAGGGAUUAUAUUCACUGUUCUCUUGGGUGCUAUCUUCUUGGGAGAGUCCCUUUAUCUUGGAUGUUUGGUAGGGGCAAUUAUAAUUGUGAGUGGAUUUUAUGGGGUGAUGUGGGGAAAGGCCAAAGAAGAGAAGAUGGAGAAAGAGGGUGGUGGUAGUGGUGGGGUAGCUGAAGCAAAUCCACAUGGUUCGGAAUUAUUGUUUGAUCACAAGGUCCCUCUUCUCCAAAACUUACCACAGUUAACAAACAAAAAAUUACCACUAUAGAAUAUCACAUGAGACAUAGGUGUACAUGUAAAUAUAUUCCACACAUUUAAGUAUUCAGUAUUUAAAUGAUAGUUCAUGGUGUAAAAUGUGAUUACUUGUAGUUCAAGAAUAGAUAUUCUUCGUCGGGACGGAACUCUGUGAAAAUUCUACCUCUAAAUGAGGAACGUGAUAGGGAUGGACACAAUUUUUUAUCCCCAAAUAUGUUAAAUGAGGCAGGAGUAGGGAACAAUUCCCACCUCAACGGGCCUCAUUUGAAUUUUUAUUUGUUUUUUAAUAUUUUUUUAUGUAUUUCAUAUUUUUUUU